AUGAGAUCUCUUGGAAACCAGAGCGUUGCCUCUCCCAGGUUCCUCCUCACAGGCAUCCCAGGAUGGGAGGCCGGAAGCGCUUGGCUCUCUGUCCCAUUCUGCCUCAUGUACGCCGUAGCUCUUGUGGGAAACAGCGCCGUCGUCCUUGUGGUUGUGAAAGACCAGAAUCUGCACAAGCCCAUGUACCUGUUCCUCUCCAUGCUGGCAGUCAGCGAGAUGGGGGUGUCUCUCUCCACCCUUCCGACAGUGCUGAACGUCUUCCUCUUCUCCUCGAGGGAAAUAGGGAUGGACUCCUGCUUCGCCCAGAUGUUCUUCAUCCACUGCUUCUCCAUCAUGGACUCGGGGGUCCUCUGGGCCAUGGCCCUGGACCGCUUCCUAGCCAUCUACAACCCCCUCCAAUAUGCCACCAUCCUGACCACCCCCAGGAUCGCCAUGAUCGGCCUGGGGAUUGCUGUGAAGAGCGUCACCCUCCUGCUCCCACUGCCAGUUCUUCUGAGGCGGCUGCCGUUCUGCGGGUCCAACGUGCUCGCCCACCCCUAUUGCUUGCACCCCAAUUUAAUCCGGCUCCCGUGUGCGGACACCCGAGUCAACAGCCUCUACGGCUUGUUCGUCUUGCUCUGCACUUUUGGGCUGGACUCUUUGUUUAUCCUCUUGUCCUACACCAUGAUAGUCAAGACUGUGCUGAGCAUGGCCUCCAAGGAAGGGCGCCUCAAAGCCCUCAACACCUGCGUCUCCCACAUCUGUGCCGUCGUGGUCUACUACACCCCCAUGAUCGGCCUGUCUAUGGUGUACAGGUUUGGCAAACAUGCUCCCCCCGUUCUGCAUUCCCUCAUGGCCAACGUCUACCUCCUGGUGCCCCCGGUCCUGAACCCCAUCAUCUACAGCAUCAAAACCAAGGAGAUUUUCAAGGGCUUUGGGAAGGUCUUUCUUCCAAAGAAAUUCUGA